CGUUCGCGGGGCCGGAAGGGCGUUUCCGGAAGGGCGCGUCCCGCGAUGAGGGGGCUGCUGGCUCGGGGUGGUGGAGCGAUGUCCCGGAAGGGAAAAGGAGCCGGGAAGGGCCCCGCGGAGCCGGGAGCCGCCGCGGGACCAGUGAUGGCUGCGGGCAGCGGUGUAAGGGUGGCGGUGCGCGCCAAGCCCGGCGCCCGCUGCAGCGCAGUCACAGAUGUGACAGCUGAGGCAGUAGGUGUAGCUAUUGCUGCACCUCCGUCGGAGGGAGAGGCAAAUGCAGAGCUGUGUCGCUACCUCUCUAAAGUGCUAGAAGUGAAGAAGAGUGAAGUUAUUUUAGAGAAGGGUGGUAAAUCGCGUGAAAAAGUGGUGAAGAUUUUGGCAUCGAUGACACCAGAUGAGAUUUUAGAAAAACUGAAAAAAGAGGCUUCCAGCUGACCUGAAACAAGAGCUGGAAAUGGGACAAUGCAUUUUGGUAAACGGGCUGAUAUUCUUUCUUACGUAAAUCUAGUCUUCAGUAAUGAAUACAGAUACUUCUCCCCUUCACUGCCUCGUUUUGUUAAUGUCACUGUUGUACAGUUGAAGUUUUUGUGUAGAUUUGGUUAGCCUUUGCUGAGGCUCCAUAUCUGCUUUUGUCACUAUAGACUUUUUUUUCCCCUCUGGAGAAUUUCCUGUUUGUGAGAUUGAUCCUCCUUCCUGGUCACUAAAGGCAUGGUUUGGAAAACUUGUUUCUUAUUGAAACAAAUUUGGUUAAUAAAUUGAAAGGCUUGGAGUGACAAUGUGAAACGUGGUACAGAAAGAUGAGUCUGCCUGAGUGGUGAAGACCCUGGAAGAACCUUCUUUUCUGUCUAGCGGCAGGUACUGGGUGUGGUUUUCCAUGAUGUGCACAUAUAUACAUCUAAAAUAAAUGUAUUUGAGGCCAAUAAUCUGUCAUUGAUUGGGCAAGCUAAAAGCAGAAUCACCUGAAUCAAACCCAGAAGUUUGCAGUAUGAAAAACUGACCCAGAACCUGGUAAUUGCGUAUACGAUGUUGCUUUGUGAUAGUCUGUAUUUAGUUUCCUGAGAAGUAAAGAUGCAGUCUUGUAUUUUUGCUCAAUGUAUGUCAAAUGUAAUGAGUGUUUUUAAUAAAAGGGGCA